AUGAAUGAUCUUGUCAUCCUCGUUGUUGGUGCUACAGGCAAGCAAGGACAUGCGACUAUCGCAGCACUCGAAGCGUUGCCCCCACAAAACCCGCCAAUUCGGAUCCUUGCCCUUACACGAUCAUUGGCCUCACAUAAAGCCCAAGCUCUCAAGAAGGAGUUUCCUAGCAUCGACCUUGUGGAAGGAGAUGUGGCGGAGCCUCAGCCUAUCUUUAGUUCCCAUCCAAACAUCAACUCAGUCUUUUUAGUUACUGUCCCACCAAACGACGAACAACAUGCGCUUCCAAUGAUUGACGCGGCAAUUGCGCAUCGUAUAUACCAUAUCGUGUUUAGCAGCGUCGAUCGAGGUGGCGAGAGCGCUAGCUGGGAAAAUGCAACGACAGUUCCACAUUUCGCAGCAAAGCACAGGAUCGAGAAGUACCUAAGGGAAAAGACAGGAGGAAGUCAAACCGAGUGGACAAUCUUGAGACCAGCGGGCUUCAUGGAUAACUACAACCCGGACUUUUUCGGAAAGAUGAUGACUGGGCUAUGGGCCACAAUGCCGACCGAUAAGAAAAUGCAACUUGUCAGCGUGAAGGACAUCGGAAUUGUUGCAGCAAAUGUGCUGACAGAUAUGGAAAGAUGGAAGGAGAGAGCUGUGGGUAUAGCCGGGGAUGAGUUAACCUUCAGCCAGGCAGAUGACAUCUUCCAUAAAGUACGAGGAUAUAAGAUGCCUCGAAUCUGGGAUAUGCCAAGUCGUGCAAUAAGGUGGGGAGUUGAUGAUGCAGGAAAGAGUAUGGACUGGUUUGAGAAGGAAGGAUUCAAAGUGGACAUGAAUGUGCUUAAAGCGGAGGGCUUCGAAGUUCAAGAUUUUAAGCAGUGGUUGAGAUCAUCUAAUCGUUGA